CAGUAGAGAGAGCUCUCGAUAUUAUUUUCCAUUUCGUGUACUAGGCGCAGAUCACAGUGAGCGUAGAAGCGGCGGAGGAGUACCGUCCGACAGAUCAGUCGUGCCAGUCCUCCGCGAACCGAGCCCACUAACCUGGCCUGGCCAUGGACGAACAUGCAGGGCCCGGAGUGUUUUUUAAUAACAACAAUAACUCGGUGUUGCCCGGCGGUGGAAAAGGACCUCAGCCCGGCGAAGGCGGCGGAGGGGAGGCGGCCAGGGCGCAGUACAGUAUUCCGGGGAUCUUGCACUUCCUGCAGCACGAAUGGGCCCGCUUCGAGGUGGAAAGAGCGCAAUGGGAGGUGGAACGGGCCGAAUUACAGGCGCAGAUCGCCUUCCUGCAGGGGGAGCGGAGAGGCCAGGAGAACCUGAAGAAGGACCUGGUGAGGAGGAUCAAGAUGCUGGAGUACGCACUGAAGCAGGAGAGAGCGAAAUACCAUAAAUUAAAAUAUGGAACAGAGCUUAACCAGGGAGACAUGAAGCCCCCAAGCUACGACUCUGACGAGGGGAAUGAGAAUGAGAAUGAGGUCCCGGGGCCGCAGAACAGCCAGCUGACCUGGAAACAAGGGCGGCAGCUCCUGAGGCAGUACCUCCAGGAGGUGGGCUACACAGAUACCAUACUGGAUGUGAAGUCCCAGCGGGUGAAGGCUCUGUUGGGCCUGGCUGGGGACACAGGGGAGAGGCCUGCGGACAAGAACCCGGAGCCCAUGGUCAACGGCACAGAGCCCUCCCUAAAGGGCAGCGUCAUGAUCGGGAAGCCUGACCUGACCGACUCGGCCUCCGUGCUGGAGGCCUUCAAGUUCAUCGAAAGCGCUGCUGCGGAGUUCAGCGACGAGGACGAGGACGAGGACAGCGAAGGGAAGGACAAGACGAUCAUCGAGCCCUCGACGAUGAUGAGGAAGAAGGGCUCGUCCUCACCCUCGUCCACCUCGGACGUCAGUGACGACCCGGACACAGAAGAGGCCCUGAAGGGUUUUGACUUCUUGGUCAGCCCUGACGAGAUGGACGGCUCGCCAGAGUCCAGGAGCGCAGGGGACGGCACGGACUGGGAGAAGGAAGAUCAGUGUCCCAUGUCUGAGGCCUGGGACGUGGACCAGGGCUUGAUAACCAAACUCAAGGAACAGUACAGAAAGGAACGCAAGGGGAAAAAGGGGGUGAAGAGACCCAACAGGUCGAAGCUGCAGGACAUGCUGGCCAACCUGAGGGAUGCAGAGGACCUGCCGCCCAUGCAGCCGUCGGUCACGCCCCCCGCGCGGCCCAGUGCGGCCCGGCUAAACGAGCACGAGGCCAGUCGGACUGACGAAGUGGAGGCAAUGACAUUCCCCCCUACGUCAGGAAAGUCCUUCAUCAUGGGUACCGACGAGGCCAUGGAGAAUGAGCUGGGCCUUGGGGAGCUGGCGGGCCUGACGGUGGCCAACGAGGCAGACAACCUGACCUACGAUAUCACCAAUAACAAAGAUGCACUGAGGAAGACCUGGAACCCCAAGUUCACGUUGCGGAGCCACUUCGAUGCCAUCCGCGGCCUGGCCUUCCACCCGGUGGAGCCCGUGCUCGUCACGGCGUCCGAGGACCACACGCUGAAGAUGUGGAACCUACAGAAGACCGCCCCAGCCAAAAAGAGUGCCGCUCUAGACGUGGAGCCCAUCUACACCUUCAGGGCACACCGGGGCUCUGUGCUGUGCGUCGUCAUGAGCACCUCGGGGGAGCAGUGCUUCAGCGGGGGUGUGGACGGGACCAUCCAAAGCUGGAACACCCCCAACCCCAACAUCGACCCCUACGACUCAUACGAGCCCUCUGUGCUGCGGGGGGCGCUGUGCGGCCACACAGAUGCAGUCUGGGGAUUGGUCUACAGCGCCGCUCACCACCGCCUCCUCUCCUGCUCCGCUGAUGGCACCGUGCGGCUCUGGAAUGCAGCCGACACCUCCCCCGCGCUCGCCAUCUUCAACGAGAACAAAGAGCUGGGGAUCCCCUCCUCAGUGGACCUUGUCUGCAGUGAGCCGGCCCACAUGGUGACGUCGUUCAGCACCGGCCAGACGGGCCUCUUCAACAUGGAGACGCGCCAGCUGGUCCUUAACCUGGAGUCCAUUGGAGAGCCAGGCGUUCCUUGCCAGAUCAACAAAGUGCUGAGUCACCCCACCCUCCCCAUCACCAUUACUGCACAGGAGGACCGGCACAUCAAGUUCUUUGACAACAACACAGGCAAACUGAUCCAUUCCAUGGUCGCCCACUUAGACGCAGUGACAAGUUUAGCAGUGGAUCCCAACGGAUUGUAUCUGAUGUCUGGUAGUCAUGACUGCUCCAUUCGCCUGUGGAACCUGGAAAGCAAAACCUGCAUCCAGGAGUUCACCGCUCAUCGCAAGAAGUUUGACGAGUCGAUCCACGACGUGGCGUUCCACCCAACCAAGUGCUACAUCGCCAGCGCCGGCGCCGACGCUCUGGCCAAGGUCUUUGUAUGACACAGAGAUCCUCCUCCCCCUAGCCUCUGGCCCACCGUCUCCGCCGCUGCCACCGACCAAUGGGGACGGAGACGAGGCGGGGCUUAGAGGUGGGGCCACACCCACCCCCCACCAAUCAGCUCUCUCGCCGCUGGCUCCCUGUCGGCCUGGCAGGCUCUGCUGGUGGACCUCCUGAGACUAACCCCCGGCUCCAGACAGAAUCUCUAGGGCCACGGUAGAUUAGAAAGUCGGUGAGGAGAGAGGCUGCUCCAGGGCGGAGCUCUCAGCUCCCCACCCCCCAUCCAGGCAGGCCUGGGUGUGACCGUACGCGUCCUCAAUCCAGCUGAGACAGGAAGUGACUAACCCAUAUCCAUCACUGAGGGGUUUCAGGUGAGGUUUGAGAUCUCUCUCUUUCUGGAAAAAAAAAAAAGCCGGGGAUCCGCGCAAACAAAGAGAGGUGAAGAGAAAAGGCGAACGUCUCCCAAAACCCCCCCCCAAACACCCAAGAUGGUUGCCUGUUGAUGUGCUUCUUCUUUUUUUUUAUAGCUCCAGAGAAUCUUUAGACAAAGUGGGACGGCCCCUUUUUUGAAGCAGACAUGAUGUGAGGUAUGAGGGUGAAAGGUACGCUGCCUCUGCCAGGGAAGCCCUGAGCUCUCCCUGCUUCCCACCUCCAGUCGGCCUGCCUUCACUGUAUGCUUUUAAACGUUUAACGAAAAUGUGCCUUUGCUUCAAAAUAGGGUCUUUGCAAACCAACAUUGUUUUACCAAGCAUUUUCUUUUGGUGGUGGGCUUACAACAGUGUCAAUUUUUAACAAAAAAAAUAUUGGAUGUGAAAUACAAAGUAAUUAAAAUAAACGCAAUAUGUAUAUUCCAUUCUUAAACCUUAAAAUAAAGUCUGAGUUCAUUUGAGUGCUUUUUUUUAAUAGGUUGGGAAGGUGUGAGAGGACAGUCCCUUGGGUGUGGGGCUUAACAUGGCAGCAAGUUGACUGAUACAUGUGGUGGAGGAUGGUCUGUGUCCUUAGCUCUGCUGUUCAAAACAGGCAUUGCUGACUACACUCCAUAGUUUUGAGAGGGUGUAAUGUGAUUUUGCACCGUGGGCCAUGGUCAAUAGAAUGCCUCUAAUGACUUGUGGUACAUUUUAGUGUGGUGAAAGCUGCAACAAAUAGUGUAUAGAAAUUUUAUUUUUGGUGUAGAUUUGAGUGGUCACAACUUUUUCCAAAUUCCUCUCAGUCCAUUCUUUUAUUUUUAUAAAAAUAGAAAAACUGGAUGUUAAGAGUAUUGCAGAUAUACUUAUUUUAAUGUUUCUAUUCACAAAUUACCCCCUGCCCCCAUGGAACUUAAUUGAGUGGGCUUUUUAAUAGUUUUGCAUAAAUGAACUGUAGUGUUAGCCUUUGUCGAUUCUUUUGCACCUGCUAUAUGUUAAGGUGAACAAACCAUUGUUUGUCGUUGUUUUGUAAACAGCCUGCCUUACAUCAUAUUUAUAUUGUACCAUUGAAGUGAACCAUUUCUCUGAACUUCCAAAAUUACAGAGAAACAAUGAUUUGACUUGCAAAUAGCUAACAGCAACCAAUAAAAAUUCUACAGCUAUGACUACAGUUCUAACAGAUAACACUCUGUGUCUGUAACGAUUGGUGUUUGGAACUUAUUUUUCUUUGAUAUAUGGAGUGUAUAGACCAACAUUUUAGGGAUACGUUGCCAAAACUGUAAUAUAUUAACAAAUAGAAGUUUUGUGAAAUCAAAUAAAAAGACUUAGCCUUGCAAAAUUUUGCUCAAAGUACAUUGACUGUUUGAGGGACUUCAUUCUGAAGUAAUUUGAACAUGACUUAAUUGAUCUUCUGUAACCCAGUCUGAAAACGCUCUGGUUUGUGACGUCUUUAUUGUCAGCAAAAUUCCUUCUAUUUUGCCCUUAGACAAACUGCAUUAGAUAUGGUUUGCAGUGAUACAAGUUUUUUUUUCCUGUGCUUUUGCUGUGUAUUUAUUUUAUAGUUUUUUUUUUUUGACUCAUAUAAGCCAAAAGGAUCGACACUUGACAUGGCUGGUAACAAGUACAAUCUGAAUGCAAGAAAGAGGGUCCUCCUUCUGCCUACUGUAGUUUAAUAGCAAACACUGUGCAAGGAAGGCACAAAAAUGCACCCUUAAAUUGGCCCAGAGCUCCAUUCAUUAAGCAGUGUGAAUGCAGAACUAAUCCUUUAAAGAGCUCCCUGCACAGAACUCCCCGUGAAAAUAGGACAGAGUGAGAGAGAGAGAGAAUAUUCUGAACGUAAUAUUUGGGUGCAGUACAUGUUUUCUGCUUAUUAUUAUUAUUCAUGUAUGGGCCACGGAAGAGAGAUUGUUGCAUUAGCAUUUUUUUUUCUGUGAUUACUUGAAAAACAAAAAGUGAAUCUAUGGGAUGCUACGUGUGUUUCCAGAAUGGUUGAAGAUGUGUUGUUUUAUGAGUUAUAUGCCUCCAGAAAACAAUGAUGAUGAUACAUGAGGAGGGUGUCUUUUUUUUUUUUGCCCAGAUCAUUUAGUUUUUGCAGUGAACCAUGAAUGAUGGGGGGAUUUGCUGUUUACCAAAUGUUGUGGUCUCUUACUGAAAUGUCUUCAAGUUUCUAUCUCCUGUGAUGGUGGAGAAAACCAUUGGAGAAAUGUAUCUGUAUGCAUAGUACAAAAAAAAUAUUUUCAGAGGUGUUUUGGUGAAUCGGUUAUUAAUUUGUAGAAAUUAAAAGUUAAAUUCAGAAACAUGUAUAGUUUAAAGUAUUAAAAAGAUCUAUUUAUAAAUAUACAGUAUAUAUGGAAACACAUAAAGUGACGUGAAAUGGAA